AAACAGGUCUGUUCAUAUUCAUCAUUUUUUUUGUUUUUUGUUUUUUAGUCUUUUAUGGAUUCCAUUUCCACAAAUUUGUUAUGCACUAGUGUUUAAUCAACUUUAUCAAUAAUUUAUUUUCUUUCUGUAUGUUUGAUAUCACGGUAGUUUUACCAGAAUCACAGUGAUGCACCGUGAUUUUCCAAAUACUACAUAGCGUAACCUAACUUCUGCAAAAUUAGGGUAGCUUAAUGUGAUUCUGAUACAUUCACCGUCAUACCAAAUAUAGGUUUUUUCUUUGCAUCAUGUUUGAAAAACCCUGUUUUCAAGAAAUGCAGCAUUUUUUUCUUCUUUCACCUUACUACUCUUCUUUCUUUCUUUAUGCGGUGUGGUAGGAGACAAAAAAAUAAACAUGUUUAAGUCCUAACUUUUUUGUCUGGAUCCAUGAUUCAAUAGCUUAAACAUUUAUUCUGAUGACAAGUUUUUUAAUCUUUUGGUUCACAUUUGUUACUUUUUUUGGAUAAAUCCAAGUGAAGAAACCAGAAUCUUUGUUCAUAAGUUCAUAAGAUGAUUGUGAAAGAAGCUUAAUUUGAGAAGCACUUUUGUAGUACACGUUGCAGUUUAUUAGUAAUAAUAGUAGUUAUCAAUUAUGCUUUUUCAUUCCUUCACGUUUUCAAGCUCAAAGUUUUUCAUUCACAUUUAAUGAAUGAAGCGUUUGGUCAACCUUGAAAAUGACAACUUUGUCCUUUAACCUUGAAAAUCACAUUUCUCCUUUUACAAUUCAAAUUUAGCUUUUAAAACUUUGAAUUCUUUGUAUUUGGACUGUUUAUCUCUGAUCUCAAACCAUGUAAUAAUAUAUAUACUCCGCUAAUUACUCCCUCUGAUCCAGUUGAGUCAACAAAAGCUGAUACAUUUAGUUCAAAUUUUAUAUCAGAUACAUCAACUUUUGUUAACUCGGCAUCAGAGGAAGUAUACUAUAAACUAUUUAGUUUGUGAUAUUUUGAUUAAGUUGCUAAUUAUUUUUAGUUGAUUUUGAAUAGUUGAAGACAAGACAGUGAUCUGAGAUGGAUGUGGAAACUGAGAAGGAUGUUGGUGUUGUUGAUAAGAAAAGGAAUAAUCAUGAUGAUGAAGCAACAACAUCAGAGAAGAAUGGCACAGAAACAAGUACAAACGGUGAAAAGGACAAGACAAAAGAGAAACAAGAGACAGUUCCAUUUCAUAAAUUGUUCACUUUUGCAGAUUCUACUGACAUUUUAUUAAUGGUUGUUGGAACAAUCGGUGCUAUUGGAAACGGUUUGGGUUUACCUCUUAUGACAUUGUUGUUCGGUCAAAUGAUUAAUAGUUUUGGUAGUAAUCAAAGUAACACCGAUGAUGUUGUUCAACAAGUGUCCAAGGUGUCUCUGAAAUUUGUAUAUUUGGCAGUAGGAUGUGGGGUGUCAGCAUUUCUCCAGGUGAGUUGUUGGAUGGUCACAGGAGAAAGACAAGCUGCAAGAAUAAGAGGAUUGUAUUUGAAAACAAUAUUAAGACAAGAUGUUACUUUCUUUGAUAAAGAAACAAACACAGGAGAAGUUGUUGGGAGAAUGUCUGGUGACACUGUUCUAAUUCAAGAUGCCAUGGGUGAGAAGGUUGGGAAAUUUUUGCAGCUAAUAGCAACAUUCAUUGGGGGUUUUGUGAUAGCAUUUACCAAAGGGUGGCUUCUUACUGUUGUAAUGAUGUCAACUCUUCCACUUCUUGUUGUGUCAGGUGCUGCCAUGGCUCUUAUCAUAGGCAGAAUGGCUUCUAAAGGUCAAACUGCUUAUGCAAAAGCUGCACAUGUUGUUGAACAGACAAUUGGCUCAAUAAGAACCGUUGCAUCCUUUACCGGAGAAAAGCAAGCGGUGUCUAGUUAUAGCAAAUUUCUUGUAGAUGCUUACAAAGCAGGAGUUUUUGAAGGUUCUAUAGCUGGAGUAGGACUAGGCACAGUCAUGUUUGUUAUUUUCUGUGGUUAUGCUUUAGCUGUAUGGUUUGGUGCAAAGAUGAUAAUGGAAAAAGGAUAUAAUGGCGGUACCGUUAUUAAUGUGAUCAUCGCCGUGUUAACUGCUUCCAUGUCUCUUGGCCAGGCAUCACCUAGUCUGAGUGCUUUUGCGGCGGGUCAGGCGGCAGCCUACAAAAUGUUCGAGACAAUUAACAGGAAGCCGGAGAUAGAUACUUAUGAUCCAAAUGGAAAAAUAUUAGAAGACAUUCAAGGUGAAAUAGAGUUGAAGGAAGUUUAUUUCAGUUAUCCUGCAAGACCUGAGGAGCUUAUAUUCAAUGGAUUCUCUCUUCAUAUACCGAGCGGAACAACCGCGGCAUUAGUUGGACAAAGUGGAAGCGGAAAGUCCACAGUUAUUAGUUUGGUAGAAAGAUUCUACGAUCCACAGGCAGGUGAAGUUCUUAUUGAUGGCAUUAACAUGAAAGAAUUUCAGCUCAGGUGGAUUCGAGGGAAAAUUGGUCUUGUUAGCCAGGAGCCGGUGUUGUUUGCAUCGAGCAUUAAGGAUAACAUUGCAUAUGGUAAAGAUGGAGCAACAAUCGAAGAGAUAAGAUCUGCGUCCGAACUUGCAAAUGCUGCCAAAUUCAUUGAUAAACUUCCACAGGGUUUGGACACAAUGGUUGGUGAACAUGGAACUCAGCUGUCUGGUGGACAGAAGCAGCGCAUUGCCAUCGCAAGAGCAAUCCUUAAGAAUCCAAGAAUUUUACUUCUAGAUGAAGCUACAAGUGCACUUGAUGCAGAAUCUGAAAGGGUGGUGCAAGAGGCUCUAGAUAGGAUCAUGGUCAACCGAACCACGGUUGUUGUUGCGCAUCGUUUGAGCACAGUGAGGAAUGCUGACAUGAUUGCUGUAAUCCAUAGAGGGAAAAUGGUUGAGAAAGGAACUCACUCAGAAUUACUCAAGGAUCCUGAAGGAGCUUAUUCACAACUCGUACGCUUACAAGAAGUAAACAAGGAAUCAGAAGAAACUACAGAUAGCAAUGGCAAGAGAGAACUUUCUGCAGAAUCCUUUAGACAAUCAAGUCAAAGGAAGUCGCUUCAAAGAUCUAUUAGUAAGGGAUCGUCUAUAGGGAAUAGUAGUCGCCAUUCGUUUUCGGUUUCAUUCGGUUUACCAACGGCAAUUAACGUUGCUGAUCCUGAUGACCUUGAAAAAUUACCGACCAAAGAAAAAGGACCAGAAGUUCCCCUAAGCCGCCUUGCUUCCCUCAACAAGCCAGAGAUUCCAGUUUUGCUUUUGGGAUGUUUAGCUGCCAUAGGAAAUGGUGUCAUAUUUCCAAUAUUCGGUAUUUUGAUCUCUAGUGUCAUCAAAACAUUUUACGAACCGUUUGAUGAGAUGAAAAAGGACUCCAAGUUUUGGGCAAUAAUGUUUUCACUCCUUGGUCUUGCAUCAUUGGUGGUGAUUCCGGCGCGAUCUUAUUUUUUCUCUGUGGCCGGAUGUAAGUUAAUACAACGUAUCAGGCUAUUAUGUUUUGAGAAGGUGGUGAGCAUGGAGGUUAGCUGGUUUGAUGAGCCUGAAAACUCGAGUGGCGCAAUUGGUGCAAGGCUUUCAGCAGAUGCUGCUUCUGUUCGCGCUCUUGUUGGCGAUGCACUUGGACUGGUGGUUCAGAAUUUGGCAACUGCAUUGGCUGGUUUGAUUAUUGCUUUCGUUGCAAGCUGGCAGCUCGCGUUGAUUAUUCUUGUCUUGAUUCCUCUCAUUGGAUUAAAUGGAUACGUUCAAAUGAAAUUCAUGAAGGGAUUCAGCGCAGAUGCAAAGAUGAUGUACGAGGAGGCUAGCCAAGUUGCAAAUGAUGCUGUUGGAAGCAUAAGAACUGUUGCAUCUUUCUGUGCUGAAGAUAAGGUUAUGGAACUAUAUAGGAAGAAAUGUGAAGGUCCGAUGAAAACAGGCAUAAGGCAAGGAAUAAUCAGUGGAUCGGGAUUCGGUGUUUCAUUUUUCUUAUUGUUUUGUGUCUAUGCAACAAGUUUCUACGCUGGAGCUAGACUUGUGAAAUCCGGGGAUACAACAUUUUCAGAAGUUUUCCGGGUUUUCUUUGCGUUAACUAUGGCAGCUAUUGGUAUUUCUCAGUCAAGUUCCUUUGCUCCUGACUCAAGUAAAGCAAAGUCAGCUGCUGCUUCUAUAUUCGGAAUGCUUGAUAAGAAAUCAAAGAUCGAUCCAACCGAUGAAUCCGGCACCACUCUAGAUAGCGUUAAAGGCGAAAUUGAGCUUCGUCAUGUUAGUUUCAAGUAUCCAUCUCGGCCAGAUAUUCAGAUUUUCCGAGACCUCAACUUGAACAUCCAUUCUGGCAAGACAGUAGCACUUGUCGGUGAAAGUGGAAGCGGAAAAUCAACUGUGAUUGCUUUGUUGCAAAGAUUUUAUGAUCCUGAUUCAGGUGAAAUCACACUUGAUGGAAUUGAAAUUCGUCAGUUACAGCUCAAGUGGUUAAGGCAACAAAUGGGACUUGUGAGCCAAGAACCAGUAUUAUUCAAUGACACCAUCUGCGCCAAUAUUGCCUACGGAAAAGAUGGCAAUGCAACUGAGGCAGAAAUCAUAGCUGCUUCAGAAUUGGCCAAUGCUCAUAGAUUCAUCAGUGGCUUACAACAGGGUUAUGAUACAAUAGUGGGAGAGAGAGGAACUCAAUUAUCAGGUGGACAAAAACAAAGGGUAGCCAUUGCACGUGCAAUAAUCAAAAGUCCAAAGAUUUUGUUACUUGAUGAAGCCACAAGUGCAUUAGAUGCUGAGUCAGAAAGAGUUGUUCAAGAUGCAUUAGACAAAGUCAUGGUGAAUAGAACCACUGUGGUUGUGGCACAUCGUUUAUCAACAAUUAAAAAUGCUGAUGUUAUUGCUGUUGUUAAAAAUGGAGUUAUAGUUGAAAAAGGAAGACAUGAAACACUUAUUAAUGUUAAGGAUGGAUUUUAUGCUUCCUUAGUUCAACUUCAUACAAGUGCUAAAACAGUUUGAGAUUUUCUUUACACUUUUUUUUUUUUAACUAAUUUUGAGAAAUUCAAUUGAUGAGUUGAUCAAUAUAUAUAGGAGUAUUUUUUGGUUUACCACAUUUCAUGUAAUUAAAAUUAUUCAGGUUAUUAUCAAUGUAAUUCUGAUCAAUGAAUGAAUAAGAUGUUGAUUUGACCUUAAAGAAAA